CUCAGACCCUCACUCUCUCUCUUCCUUCACUCUCUCUCUUUCUCUCUCCUCCGUACGUUUUCGUCUCUCACAAUCUUUCUCUACUGAGCCUUUCACUGCUAUAGCUCUCAUCUCUGUUUCUCUCCGGCACUGAAUUAUUAGUUAAAUUUCGUGCUAUUUUUGAAAAGAACUGUGCAAAGGAAGGUUGCGUUGCGUGAAUUUUCUCUCCAGAAGUCUGUAUCUGUACUGUAUCACUAAUUGCAUGGUGAUGGAUUGCUUGGCAUUGAGUAUUGAGGCAGCAAUGCUUUUCAUUCCGAGAAGGCAGGUUUUGGGGUAGCUGAAAGGAGGGAAUCUCUGGCAUUUGCAUUUCUUGUGAGGUUGCCAGGUUCCCAAAGUGAAGCCUAAAGUGGCGUGUCUGAACAAAUGUCAAAGACUCCCUCCCAUGAACCACGGGAUUCAAAUGGAGCAAAAGGAAUGGAUGAUCCAGAAGAUACAAUGGCUACAGUUGCUCAGUUUAUUGAGCAACUUCACACCAACACAUUUGCACCACAGGAGAAGGAACUUAUCACAGCAAGAUUGCUGGGUAUUGCCAAGGUGAGAAAGGAGGCAAGGGCACUUAUUGGCAUUAACGGGCAGGCAAUGCCACUAUUCAUCUCUAUUCUCCGAAGUGGCACGCCUGUGGCGAGGGUUAAUGUUGCUGGAAUGCUUAGUGUUCUAUGCAAAGAUGACGACUUAAGAUUGAAGGUACUUCUAGGGUGCAUCCCACCAUUACUCUCUCUUUUGAAAUCUGAAUCUGUGGAGGCAAGGAAGGCAGCAGCAGAAGCAAUAUGUGAAGUUUCCUCGGGGGGGCUUUCGGAUGAUCAUGUUGGUACGAAGAUAUUUGUCACUGAAGGUGUAGUACCUACUUUGUGGGAUCAACUCAAUCUGAAAAACAAGCAGGACAAAGUUGUUGAAGGAUUUGUCACUGGAGCUCUGAGAAAUCUGUGUGGUGAAAAGGAUGGUUACUGGAGAACGAUGCUUGAGGCUGGAGGAGUAGAUAUCAUCGUUGGCCUUCUCUCUUCUGACAAUGUUGCUUCCCAAUCAAAUGCAGCUUCUCUUCUGGCCCGUUUGAUGUCAUCUUUCAGUGAUAGCAUCCCCAAAGUAAUUGAUUCUGGAGCUUUCAAAGCUUUGCUUCGCCUCGUUGGUCAAAAUAAUGAUAUUUCUGUCCGUGCAAGUUCUGCUGAUGCUCUAGAAGCUCUUUCUUUUAAGUCAACUAUGGCUAAGAAAGCUAUUGUAGAUGCAGAUGGUGUUCCAGUUCUCAUUGGGGCAGUGGUUGCUCCCUCUAAAGAGUGUAUGCCAGAAGGGUGUGGCCAGGCUCUGCAAAAGCAUGCAAUCCGUGCCUUAGCAAAUAUCUGCAGCGGGAAGUCUGCUUUGAUACUGUAUCUUGGAGAACUGUCUCAGUCACCUCGCCUUUCGGCACCAAUUGCUGAUAUAAUUGGAGCACUUGCCUACGCUUUGAUGGUUUUUGAGCAAAUUUCCAGCAGUGAUGGGGAGCCUUUGGAUGCAAAAUGGAUUGAAGAUGUAUUGGUGAAACUACUGAAGCCCCGUGAUAACAAAGUGGUUCAAGAGCGUGUCCUCGAGGCCAUGGCAAGUCUGUAUGGAAACAUCCAUCUCUCAAGAUCUCUCAGUCAUGCUGAAGCAAAGAAGGUGCUUAUUGGGCUUACAACAAUGGCUGCUGCUGAUGUACAGGAGUAUCUUAUACCAUCUUUGACCAGCUUAUGCUGUGAUGAGGUUGGCAUCUGGGAGGCUAUUGGGAAAAGAGAAGGAAUUCAACUAUUGAUAUCAUUGCUAGGCUUAUCGAGUGAGCAGCAUCACGAGCACGCUGUUCAGUUGCUGGCUAUAUUGACUGACCAGGUUGAUGACAGCAAAUGGGCAACCACUGCUGCUGGUGGAAUUCCUCCUUUGGUAAAUUUACUGGAGACUGGUUCACAGAGGGCAAGAGAGGACGCAUCCCAUGUUCUGUGGAAUUUGUGUGGUCACAGUGAAGAUAUCCGUGCUUGUGUUGAAAGUGCAGGAGCUGUACCGGCAUUUUUAUGGCUUUUAAGAAGUGGCACACCAAAAGGCCAAGAAGCCUCAGCUAUGGCGCUCAGAAAGCUUGUACGGACAGCUGAUUCUGCCACCAUUAAUCAGCUUUUAGCCAUGCUUCUUGGAGAAUCCCCAAACUCGAAGGCCAAUAUAAUCAGAGUUUUAGGCCAUGUACUUACAAUGGCAUCAUAUAGGGAUCUUGUAAACAAGGGAUCUGCUGCUAAUAAAGGGCUAAUGUCUCUUGUUCAGGUUCUCAACUCAUCAAAUGAAGAAACCCAGGAGUACGCAGCUUCUGUCUUAGCUGAUCUAUUCAGUACACGACAAGAUAUCUGUGAUAGUUUUGCAACAGAUGAGAUCGUGCAUCCUUGCAUGAAGCUUUUGACCAGUAAUACUAAUACUCAAGUUGUCGCAAUGCAGUUGGCUCGAGCAUUGGGUGCUUUGUCCCGUCCAACCAAUACCAAGAGUCCAACCAAGAUGCCUUAUAUUGCAGAAGGGGAUGUCAAGCCGUUAAUCAAAUUGGCGAAAACUUCCUCCAUAGAUGCUGCUGAAACUGCAGUUGCUGCACUUGCCAAUCUUCUCUCAGACUGCCAGAUUGCUGCUGAAGCCCUGGCAGAAGAUAUCAGUUCAACAUUGACACGAUUGUUAGGAGAAGGAAGUCCUGAAGGCAAGAAAUAUGCGUCACGGGCCUUUCAUCAAUUGUUGAAUCAUUUUCCAGUCAGUGAUAUACUCAAAGGAAAUGCUCAGUGUCGCUUUGUUGUUCUUGCAAUUGUCGGUUCGUUAAAGGCUAUGGAUAUGGAUGGGAUUGGAGCGGCAGAGGCUCUAGAAGUUAUUGCACUUUUGGCUAAGACAAAACAUGGUGUGAACAUCACUUACCCUCCAUGGUCUGCACUUGCUGAAGCUCCAUCUAGCUUGGAGCCUUUAUUGUGCUGCCUGGCUGAGGGCCCCCCUCAUCUACAAGAUAAGGCCAUAGAAAUUUUAUGUAGGUUCUAUGGGGAUCAACCUAUGGUACUUGGUGAUCUGCUUGUUGCAAGUUCGAGAUGCAUUGGCUCACUAGCUAAUAGGAUAAUUUACUCUUCAAGUUUGGAAGUGAGAUUUGGAGGGGCUUUGUUACUUUUAUGUGCUUCUAAGGGCCAUAAACUGCUGUCAAUAGAAGCACUUGAUGUAUCAGGAGAUUUAAAACCUCUUAUUUAUGCUUUAGUGGAAAUGACGAAGUGGAAAUCUAGCUAUUCUUCUUUAGAUAUUGAAGUUAGAACACCAAGAGGUUUUAUGGAAAUAACUCCAUUUCAAGAUGCUAACGAGUUUUACAUUCCUGAUCCUGCCACUGCCUUGGGUGGUACUGUUGCUUUGUGGUUGCUAUCAGUGAUAUGUUCCUGUCACGUGAAGAGCAGAUCAACUGUUAUGGAAGCUGGUGUACUUGAGGCUCUCUUGGACAAGCUUGCAAGCUAUACUUCCAAUCCUCAGGCAGAAUUUGAGGACAUGGAGGGUAUAUGGAUUAGUGCCUUGCUCCUAUCUAUCUUGUUCCAGGAUGAUAAUGCUGUCCUGCAUUCUGCGACAAUGCGCAUCCUGCCUUCACUUGCUCUUUUGUUGAGACCUGAUGACUUGGUCAAUAGUUUUUUUGCUGCCCAGGCUAUGGCCAGUAUUGUUUGUCAUAAAAGUAAGGCCAUCAAUCUUGCUAUUACAAAUUCAGGUGCUGUUGCUGGCUUAAUCACCCUAAUUGGUUACAUAGAAUCAGAUAUGCCAAAUCUUAUCGCUUUGUCCGAAGAAUUUUCCCUUGAACAAAAUCCUGAUCAGGUUGUUCUGGAACACCUUUUUCAAAUUGAAGAUAUAAGGCUUGGCUCAACUGCACGAAAAUCUAUUCCUCUGUUGGUGGAUCUCUUGAGACCAAUUCCAGAUCGGCCUGGUGCACCGCCAAUUGCUAUUCGACUCUUGACUCGCAUUGCAGAAGGUAGUGAUACAAAUAAGUUAAUAAUGGCUGAAGCAGGAGCUUUGGAUGCUUUGACAAAGUACCUCUCAUUAAGUCCUCAGGACUCAACAGAGGCCUCCAUAACUGAAUUGCUAAGAAUAUUAUUUGGCAACUCUGAUCUUAUUAGAUAUGAAGCAUCACUUGGUUCGUUGAAUCAACUAAUAGCUGUAUUACGUCUGGGGUCAAGAAGUGCUAGAUUCAGUGCUGCUAGGGCUCUUCAUGAGCUUUUUGAUGCUGAAAAUAUAAGAGAUUCUGAAUUAGCAAGGCAGGCUGUUCAGCCAUUAGUUGACAUGCUUAACACUGCAGCAGAUGGUGAGCAAAAUGCUGCACUUGGUGCCUUGAUCAAGCUGACUUCAGGAAACACUUCAAAUGCAGCUUUAUUGAUUGAUGUUGAAGGAAGCCUGCUUGAGAGUCUGUACAAAAUUUUAUCUUCUGCUUCUUCCCUGGAAAUGAAGACAAAUGCUGCGCAACUUUGUUUUAUUCUGUUUGGUAACACAAAAAUCAGAGCAGAUCCAAUGGCCUCUGAAUGCAUGCAACCGCUUAUAUCACUUAUGCGAUCAGAUGCAAGUAUAGCAGUGGAAUCUAGCAUUUGUGCUUUUGAGAGAUUGUUGGAUGAUGAACAACUAUUGGAGCUUGCAGCAGCCCAUGAUGUUGGGGAUCUCCUUGUCAGCUUGGUUUCUGGCACAAAUCAUCAAGUUAUUGAGGCAAGUAUUUCUGCUCUAAUAAAGCUGGGGAAAGAUCGUAACCCUCGCAAAAUGGAUAUGGUCAAAGCAGGUGUUAUUGAUAACUGUCUUGAGCUGCUCCCUGUUGCUCCCAGUUCAUUAUGCUCCUCAAUUGCAGAGUUAUUUCGCAUUUUGACAAAUAGCGGUGCGAUUGCUAGAAGUUCAGAUGCUGCGAAAAUUGUAGAACCACUUUUUAUGGUUUUGCUUCGGCCAGAUUUCAGUAUAUGGGGACAGCAUAGUGCUUUACAGGCACUUGUAAAUAUUCUGGAGAAGCCACAGAGCCUUGCAACAUUGAAAUUUACUCCCAGCCAGGUCAUUGAACCUCUAAUUUCAUUUCUUGAAUCCCCAUCUCAGGCGAUCCAGCAGCUUGGUACGGAACUAUUGUCUCAUCUUCUAGCUCAGGAACAUUUUCAGCAAGAUAUUACGACUAAAAAUGCAGUUGUGCCCUUGGUGCAGAUUGCUGGAAUUGGAAUUCUGAAUCUACAGCAAACUGCGAUAAAAGCGUUGGAAAAGAUCUCCACUGGCUGGCCAAAGGUAGUUGCUGAUGCUGGAGGUAUCUUUGAGCUGGCAAAGGUUAUUAUCCAAGAAGAUCCUCAACCACCUCAUGCACUGUGGGAAUCAGCUUGUCUGGUUCUCUCCAAUGUUCUGCAUUUCAAGGCAGAGUAUUAUUUUAACGUACCUGUUAUAGUGCUUGUGAAAAUGUUGCAUUCGACACUAGAGAGCACUAUUGCUGUAGCUCUAAAUGCCUUAAUUGUUCAUGAAAGAAGUGAUCCUUCAAGUGAUGCACUGAUGAUAGAAGCUGGUGCCAUAGAUGCUUUGUUGGACCUACUGAGAUCUCAUCAGUGCGAAGAAGCAUCUGGAAGAUUACUUGAAGCUCUAUUCAACAAUGUACGAGUACGCGAGAUGAAGGUUUCUAAAUAUGCAAUUGCACCAUUAGCUCAGUAUUUGUUAGAUCCACAAACCAGAUCUCAGUCGGGGAGGCUUCUUGCAGCUCUAGCGCUUGGAGACCUCUCCCAGCAUGAAGGUCUUGCUAGAUCCAGUAAUUCUGUUUCUGCAUGCCGUGCUUUGAUAAGCUUGCUUGAAGAUCAGCCAACUGAAGAAAUGAAAAUGGUGGCAAUUUGUGCAUUGCAGAACUUCGUCAUGCACAGUAGAACUAAUAGGCGAGCUGUUGCUGAAGCAGGUGGCAUAUUAGUAGUUCAGGAACUACUGCUGUCCCCCAAUCCAGAAGUUUCCGGGCAGGCAGCAUUAUUGAUCAAAAUUUUAUUUUCUAAUCACACGCUCCAAGAAUAUGUUUCUAAUGAACUCAUCAGAUCAUUGACAGCUGCACUAGAGAGAGAGUUGUGGUCCACGGAAACUAUCAAUGAAGAGGUCUUGAGAACCUUGCAUGUGAUAUUCACCAACUUUCCUAAGCUUCAUAUUUCUGAAGCAGCUACCCUGUGUAUCCCCCAUUUGGUAAAUGCACUGAAAUCUGGUGGUGAGGGUGCUCAGGAAUCUGUAUUGGACACCCUAUGUUUGUUUAAACAUUCUUGGUCAACCAUGCCAAUAGAUAUUGCAAAGUCUCAGGCAAUGGUUGCUGCGGAAGCCAUUCCCAUUCUUCAAAUGCUUAUGAAAAACUGCCCACCUAGUUUUCAUGAGAGAGCAGACAGCUUGCUGCACUGCUUACCUGGGUGUUUGACAGUUACGAUUAAGCGUGGAAACAACUUAAAGCAAGCAAUGGGAUCGACAAAUGCUUUUUGUCGAUUGACAAUAGGAAAUGGUCCUCCACGGCAAACCAAGGUUGUAAGCCACAGCAUUUCCCCGGAAUGGAAAGAAGGGUUUACUUGGGCUUUUGAUGUUCCUCCAAAGGGACAAAAACUUCACAUCAUAUGCAAAAGCAAAAAUACGUUUGGGAAGACCACUCUAGGAAGAGUAACCAUUCAAAUCGACAAAGUUGUGUCUGAAGGAGUAUACAGUGGAUUAUUCAGUCUUAACCACAAUAGCAACAAAGACGGUUCUUCCAGAACGCUUGAGAUUGAGAUUAUCUGGUCCAAUCGGAUAGCAGAUGAUAUGUGAAAGUGCAGAAUGUUAUCUACACUGACCAAGUCACUAAGAGCUUCGUAUAAAGCCAAUAGGAGAAGCUUUGAUAUUCCUUAUUGCCAAUAGAGUGCAACACAGUUCACUUGUAAGUAGUUUAUAUCGUUUGUCAUUCCAAUUUUGUAGUAUAAAAGAUCCAAGUGCAUAAGAUGCAAGAGUGUAAAUUGUUUGGUUAAUUUGUGGCGUUGAAACAAGAGGGGUAAGUGAGGUUUCCAGUUAGGGAAAAUAUGACUGCUUGUUUAGAAUCUUAUUGUACAGGUUAGUGAGUAGGCAUGAGCCAUUAAAAAUGGCAAAUUUUAUGUUUUACCACACGAGGUACUGCUAUUUUAUUGGUUGAUAUAGGCUGUGUAGUUGUAGCGUGUUCGUGUAUAAUAGUCAUAAAUUCAAAUGUACCAUGUAUUGGAAAUUUGGAAUUGAUUACGAUGAAAAUUAAAGUAUGAUUUGCUGCUUUA